GUGGGAUUUCUGAAUUCCCAGAAAGGUGUUGUGAAGACUCGGUUAACAGGAAGCUCACGCUCAUGCAAGUCCUUAUCGGGUACUUCAGUCGACAAUCACCACCGUUAAUUACUCAGUUGUCGAGGGUCCGAAUUAGAUUGCAUUGCGUCCCUGAGCGUGCGGUACGACACCGGAAGUGA